AUGUCUUUCGGACUCACUAAUGCCCCUGCGGCAUUUAUGGAUCUUAUGAAUCGAGUUUUUAAGGAAUUUUUGGAUCUGUUCGUGAUCGUGUUUAUCGACGAUAUUCUAAUUUACUCCGUUAUGGAAGAGCAGCACGAAGGACAUCUGCGGCAGGUUCUUACCGCUUUGAGGAAGAACAGCCUGUACGCGAAGUUCUCGAAAUGUGAGUUUUGGCUGGUUAAGGUGGCUUUCCUUGGCCACAUAGUCACCAGGGAAGGUAUUGCUGUGGACCCGGCCAAGGUGGAGGCGGUCAGUGGUUGGCCAAGGCCUCGCACAGUGACAGAAAUCCGCAGUUUUCUCGGUCUAUCCGGCUAUUAUAGAAGGUUCGUCCAGGAUUUCUCUCGGGUAGCGGCACCGUGGACUCAGUUAACCCGCAAGAAUGCUACGUUCAUUUGGAUCGACGAAUGUGAGAAAAGCUUCCAAGAACUGAAGCAGCGUUUGGUCACGGCCCCAGUGUUAACAGUACCGGAUGGGUCGGGAAGUUUGGUGGUGUAUAGUGACGCUUCACGAAGGGGCUUAGGUUGCGUUCUGAUGCAGCAGGGAAAAGUCAUCGAUGACCUCUUUGUGAUUUACUCAGAAUAA